GCAAUCCCAAAGAACUGUAAUCAACCACUGCUCUUCUACCUGUUGGUACUUAAUGUGUCAGCAAGCUGAGAAGCAAAAGACGGUGGACAGACUGUGAUCCUAUCAACACUUGCCUGGGAGUAAGUCAUGCUGUAAUCACCUGCUUUUGAGGAAGCUUGAAUAAGAUCAGUCUGUAAUGGCAAGUCAAAGAUCCUUUUACCAUGAAUAGGAUCAGUUUGAAAUGGCAAGUCAAAGAUCCUUUUACCAUGAAUAGGAUCAGAUAGUAAUGGCAAGUCAAAGAUCCUUUUACCCUGUGGAUAAGCCCUUGGUCAGAGAUGCUGAGUGUGAGAGGUCAGCACUAGGUAUUAACUGGAGUAUUGCAAAUCUUUGGGUUCCCAGCCCUUCUGGAUUGACCUGGAUUCUCCAGGAACUGCUGGCAUCAGACUCUUGAAAACAAGCCUGGCAAUUCUAAUGGCUUGCUAUUGCGGAGGAAAAUAUUGGGGACAUGUGGGAGAAAAAGGAGUCCCAAGUAAUAACCUUCAUCAGAGCUGGCAACCAUACAGCAGCAAUCCUGGAGAUUGUAAUGAUAUUGUGAAAAAUAUUGGAAACUGUGGGGGGGAGGGGAUUCCAGGAAUAGCUUCACUCAAGCAUUGGCACCUGACCGAGUCCAUCUGAAAGGGCAAAAAAAACCCCAGAGACACAAUAGAUUGAUAAUCAACACUCAAAGAAGACAGGUGUGACCAGACACAAGAGCAGAGCAAGGCUCCUGGACCUGUGUGGGUUGUGCAGAAGAGGGAACCUUUCCAUGUGACAUCAGAGAAAUGGCACAGGCUGAAAUUCCCUCCACUCAUGCAAACAUUACAGUUACAAGCACUCACCUGAUGAAGCGUGUACACACACAAUAAGAGUGUAAGAAGAGACCUGUUGCGUCACCCUAAAAGUUCCUGAUCCUGCCAGAAUGUCAGCUUUUAGGAAAUUGCAUUUUUAUGGUUUUACUGAAAUGUCAUGAGCUGUCUCAUGAGGCCUUUGUGCCUCAAAGGCGGGGUAUGAAAUCUUUUUUUUUUUAAAUUGAUCAAUCGUGCAGAUGGAGUGCUUUGGACACUCAAAAGCCCACUACAAAUGCUAUGGGGUGUUAUUAAGUAACCCCAGCAUAGUGACAGAAAACCAUACUCUCGAUUCAAGCCUGGACGAAUAAGCGCAAAUCUCUGCAUCAAGAGCACUCAGCGGGUGCUCAAAAACCAGAGCCUCUCCCUCACUGAAGGGUGUGUGAUCCCUGGUACCGAAAGUCAGCGUUGUAGACUGAAGUUCAGCCUAUAUACCCUGUUCUAUAGCUUGUAUAGGUUUGUUUUUAUGAUUUUAUAGAUGGUAGUUUUACAGCUUUUACUACCUUAAAAUUGCUAAUUUCACAGUUCUAUAUCUCCUUUCACCUUAUGCUCGUCAAACACCGAAAUAAAGAUACUGAUUGAGUUGAGUGAACCCUGCUGAGCGGCGCCAUCCCUCCAGCCGCUAUAACGUAGUAGCUAGCAGGAGAGGGAGGAAAGGGAACCCGGGGAGCACAAGGACCCAGCGCGUACUCUUCCGCGGCGUCGCUUUCCGGCUGGCGCACGCGCAGGAGGCAGCCGGCCUUCUCAGUCCUCCCGCGCCUGGGCGAGGCGCACGCGCAGAAAGCCCGGCGUGCCGGCCCUUCUCUCCCCCGUCUCUCUCUUUCCCUUUAGCCCCGGUCAUUUCCGAAUGGAGGCGCUAUUACUUCCGGGUCAGGACAUCCGUGUCUGAGCCGUCUCCUGUGGCCCCGGAAGCGGCCGCCCCGACCCUGGAGAGUCUUCCCUCCCGGCUGGCUUUCUCUCCCCUCAGGGGCGACAGGACGAGGGACCCGGCCCCGAGGAAGAAGAGCGGCGGCGCGGCCGGCGGGCCGACGUACAGCCCAGCAUGGGGCGGAAAAGAUAGUUGGGGCCAGGCAGCAGCAUUCGGGGGCAGGAUGGCUUUCUUGGACAACCCAACCAUCAUCCUGGCUCACAUCCGGCAGUCGCACGUGACCAGCGAUGACACGGGGAUGUGCGAAAUGGUCCUGAUCGACCACGAUGUCGACCUGGAGAAAUUCCAGCCCUCCUCGGCCAACGGGGACCACGCCUUGGAGCCGCAGGGCAGCAACGGCGAAUCUCAGGGUUACGUGUACUCUCAGUCGGUGGACAUUACCUCCAGCUGGGACUUCGGCAUUCGGCGGCGAUCCAACACAGCCCAGAGACUCGAACGGCUACGGAAAGAGAGGCAAAAUCAAAUCAAGUGCAAGAACGUGCAGUGGAAAGAGAAGAACACGUCCUAUUCAGCGGAGGAGCUGAGCUUACUCUUCGAGAAGAAAAACUUCCGCUUGAAGCCUCCGCAUACUGUGAAGCCGUCGAUCCUCUCGGUCCGCCUAGAGCAGUGCCCCCUGCAGCUGAACAACCCUUUCAAUGAGUACUCGAAAUUUGACGGCAAGGGCCACGUUGGUACUACCGCAACCAAAAAAAUCGACGUCUACCUCCCGCUACACAUGAGCCAGGACAAGCUGCAGCCGAUGACCGUGGUGACGAUCGCCAACGCCAAGGUUCAUGACCUCAUUGGGCUCAUCUGCUGGCAGUACACAAGUGAAGGACGGGAACCUAAACUCAACGACAACGUCAGCACUUACUGUCUCCACAUUGCGGAGGACGACGGCGAGGUGGACACGGACUUCCCGCCCUUGGACUGCAACGAGCCCAUUCACAAGUUUGGCUUCAGCACGCUGGCCUUGGUGGAGAAAUACUCGUCGCCCGGCUUAGUGGCCAAGCAGUCUCUCUUUGUCCGCAUAAAUGCUGUGCAUGGGUUCUCGCUGAUCCAGGUGGACAGUAUGAAGGUGACCAUGAAGGACAUCUUGCAGAAGGCUUUGAAGCGGAGAAAAGGAUCCCAGCGGGGCACAGGCCCGCGAUACCGGCUGGAGAAACAGAGCGAGCCCAACGUCCCCGUCGACUUAGACUGCACGUUGGAAAGCCAGAGGACUCUGGAGUUCUGCCUCGUCCGCGAGAAUAGUUCCCGCGGAGAGGAGAUCUCGGAGGAGGACCCCCAGAUUGACAUCGCGACCGUUCAGGACAUGCUGAGCAGCCACCACUACAAGACGUUCAAAGUCAACAUGAUCCACAAGUUCCGGUUCACCACAGACGUUCAGUUAGGCAUUUCGGGAGACAAGCUGGAGGUGGAUCCCGUGACCAAUCAGAAAGCCAGCACCAAGUUCUGGAUCAAGCAGAAGCCCAUCUCCGUCGAUUCGGAGCUCCUCUGCACCUGCGACCUUGUGGAGGAGAAGAGCCCAAGCCAUGCAAUAUUUAAACUCACAUAUCUAAGCAAUCACGAUUACAAACAUCUCUACUUCGAGUCGGAUGCCGCGACCGUCAACGAGAUUGUGCUGAAGGUGAACUAUAUUCUCGAAUCCCGCGCCAGCACCGCUCGGGCAGAUUACUUGAUUCAGAAGCAGCGGAAACUGAGCCGGAGAACCAGCUUCAGCUUCCAGAAGGAGAAGAAGCUAGGCCAGCAGUGAGAUCUGAGAGCGGCCUGGAGCCAACCUUGAAGAACCGGCUUCAUUGAAAGCAAGAGACGCCCCCCUCACACCUGGAACAGGAGGGGACUCAUGAGCUCUGUCUGCCAGUGCCGGCAGCCCCCCCGGGACGGGUCCGUUCUGGCCCGGCGAGCCUUUUUUCGGCUAUGGGCUUCACCCUUUCACGGAAACAAAGAGCCAUAUCAACCCAAGAGGGGACAGUCAGACCUUCGGGGCCAAGAAGCAGCCCUUCUUUGCUUGGCAUCUUGGUUUAAUUUUUCUUUUCGUUUUUUGUUUUUGUUUGUUUGUUUGUUUCUUUUCUAGAACUUUCUAAUGUACGAUCGCGAAGAAAGCCACCACGGGUUGGCCUAGCGAUCCACGGAGCCCGGCGGUUAAGACCGAACGGUCGGCGUCUCAAACGCACCCACACGCGCCCGCAAACGUAUCUCUUGUGACAUGAUCAAAUUUCUUAUUUUACAAAAAGACAAAAAACAAAACAAAAAAAAGAACUUGUAGGACAAAUGUAUCAAUUUUUACUACUAAUAAACUAUUGUACUCUU